CGUAGAUUUUGCUUCUACCCUUCAUAGUCUUUCUGAUCAGAGAGACUUCAGCUCAGCUUCUUCUCUCUUUCCCUUCGCAUCCUCCUGGGUGAGCCGUUGCUUUUCUCACAAUGUGGUGGAUGGUUGGUCUGUUGGGCUUCCUGCUGUUGGUGGUUGUCGUGCUCUUCUUUGCCUCUUGUCGUCGCUACGAAGUGUUCACUGAGAAGUGUCUGAGGCCUCCAGCACCAUUGGUCUAUGACACCAAGGAGAGGAACGAAAGGCUGAAAAAAGGGUUUCGUCUGGAUCGUGUCCCGGCUGCUUUGGAUGCGGUGGUGAUCGGUAGUGGUGUUGGAGGGUUGACAGCAGCAGCACUUCUGUCAAAAGCUGGAAAGAAAGUGCUGGUUCUGGAGCAACAUGAUCAGGCUGGAGGAUGUACACACAGCUUUGAAAACAAAGGCUUUGAAUUUGACGUUGGUAUCCAUUACCUGGGCCAGCUCCAUCAGAAUAGCCUGCUGAAAGUUGCUUUGGAUCAGAUCACGGAGGGCCAGCUGCAGUUCACGCGCUUGGAGGACCACUUUGACACGCUGAUCCUGGGUCAGCCUGGUCAUGGGAGAGAGUAUCACAUUCAUGCAGGGAAAACGCAGAUGGCCGCAAGUCUAAAGAAACAGUUUCCCGGAGAGGAGAAGGCCAUCGAUGAGUUCAUGAGGCUCAUGAAGCUAGCUUCCAGAAGAACGCCGCUUAUUGCUGUCCUGAAGAUGAUCCCGUACUCCCUUGUGAAUUUCAUGCUGUGGACAGGACUGCUAUACAGGCUUUCAUCAGUGUUCCGCCUCGCAACUACCAACCAUUCAGAAUUAAUUUCCAGCCUAACCCAGAACAAGGACCUGCGUGCGCUCUCUGCCUACCUGUUUUAUGGUGUUCCCCCAAAAGAGUCCAGUUUUCUCAUCAAUGCCCUCCUUCUUCAUCACUACAAGCGUGGAGCAUAUUAUCCAAGAGGUGGUGCGAGUGAGUUUGCCUACCACAUCAUCCCGGUGGUUGAGAAGGCAGGAGGCACCGUCCUUGUUAGAGCGCGUGUAGGACGGGUUCUCCUGGAUCAGCAGGGGAAGGCCCAAGGUGUGACGGUGCAAAAGGGACAGGAGGAGAUCAAGAUCUAUGCGCCGACUGUCAUUUCCAAUGCUGGAAUCUUCAACACUUUUCAGACGUUUUUACCAAAGCAAAUACAAGAGAAGUCAGAGGUCCAGUCUCUUUUGGGGAUGGUGCGUCACGGUAUGGGUUCCUUCCUGGUGUUUGUUGGACUGGAUGGAACCAAAGAGGAGUUGGGAAUCCCAUCCACCAACUUUUGGAUGUACAAGGAGAACGACCUGGACACUCUAAUGGAGCGCUACUCAUUGCUGAGCAAAGAGCAGGUGCUGGGGAACAUUCCCAUGAUGUUCAUAACCUUUCCAUCAGCCAAAGAUGCCACAUCGAGUAUCAGACACCCAGGGAAAUCUUGCAUGACGCUGCUCACUAUGGCUCGCUAUGAGUGGUUUGAGGAAUGGGAGGGAACCAAGCUCGGCAAGAGGGGACAGGACUACCUGGACUUAAAAAACAGCAUGGCGAAGGAACUACUGGACUGGGCCUUGAUCAUUUUCCCUCAGCUCCGGGACAAGGUGGUGAUGGUUGAUGCCGCCACGCCUCUCACAAAUGUCCACUAUCUGGGUGCCCCCAGAGGAGAGAUGUACGGUGCAGAGCACAAUUUAGAACGCUUCAGUCCAGAAACGGUUGCAAGCACUCGACCACAGACUCCCAUCAGUGGUCUUUAUCUAACAGGUCAGGAUGUGUUCUGCAAUGGCAUGGCUGGGGCGGUGCAUGGUGGAAUCCUCUGUGCAUCAGCUGUUCUCAACCAGAUCCUCUACAUUGACCUUCUGGCCUUGAAGACCAAGCUCAAACAAAAAGAUGCAAAGUGCAAACAGGCUUGA